CCGCCAUAUCGUGCUCAAGCGCAGCGCCAGCUACACGGGCGCUGCGAACACCACCGACUCGAACCGCGGGAAGAUGUCGAGCACCUUCGCCGACGCGUACGCCGCGCUCCCUGCGGAGGUCCAGGCGUGGGCUACCAACAAUGGCCUCACUGACCACGGAACGGCGGCCGACUCCGUCACCCCAGAGUACCUGCGCGACCAUGCGGGCGCCACCGUAGUGAAGCCCGUGGACAUCAUGUUCGUUGAAACCGUCGCGGGCGCGCUCCCCGAGAUCGUGAAGAAGGGGUCUGCGGCGUGGGCGAAGACGCUGGGCUUCUACCGGAAGUGCUACGCCGCCAGCACAGAGACCGCGAACAAGCCUCCCGACCAGGAGGAGGUGGCGCCCAUCGAGGCGAAGGAUCCGGGCCACGAAGACUAUUACGAGCUGAUUCCGGAUUACCGCGAGAAGCGGCUGAAGGCCUUCUUCGAGGCGAGGCGUCACGACGUCGAGGACGCCCGCUUACCCAGCGCCCGCCUCUGGGGCCGCUACGAGCGCCUGCGCCGCGUCCAGAAGGAGUUCGUCCCCCUGCUUGCGGACAAGGUCCAAUCCGAGGAAAUCGGCAAGAAGACCGGCCUCGCCAGCUUCCUGGGGCCCGUCCAGAACGGGGCGCUCGCCUGGAGGCUCCCAGCCAUACAGGAGGCCCCACCUGACACACUGGAAGACCUCGAGACGUGGGCGUACAUCAUCGAGAACUUGAUCUUUCUCGUAGGGUGGGUCAAGGACAUCAAGUCCCUGGACGUCUUCCACCAGAGGUUCUGGGCGAAGGUCCGCAAGAACCGCGCGCCGCGACCGGGGUACUGGAACCUCUCUGUCGCAGAGUACUACCAGGCGUACCUGGCCGGGGACACGAUCGACGACGCGAUCCUCGCGUCCAUGCCCCCAGAGAACAGCGACCUCGACAUCACACUCGCCAUGGCGCCGCGUCUCGUCGCGCAGCCCCGGGCACCCACGCUCGGUACCAACGGCGGCGCCCAAGCCGCCCACGCCGGCAUGGCGGGCAGCAUCGUGACCGCGCCGCCCCUCGCCCUGACAGACGCGGGCCAACCACCAACCAAGCGCAGGCGUCUCUCGAAAGCACAGCGGCUGCAGAACCGGCUGCAGCAGCUUGCGCCCGCAGGCGGCCCUGCGAGCGGCCGCGCCCCGCCGUUUGCCCGCGCACCUCGGGCACCGCGCGGCGGCGCGACCGACCCAGCCGCGCCCCCACCGGCAGCAUGCCGACAGUUUCACCCCGCCACCGACGACUGGGCUCAAAGCCGUCCACAGCGGGACCCACCGCAGUUUCACACUGGGGCGUCCGGCCGGGACCAGCGCCGGAAGCUCAACCCGCGGGCGCGCACCAGCCCGCAGAGCCGCGCCACCGCGGCCGCCACCGCACAGCCCACGAGGGGCGGCCCAGCUCCACGCCCGCGCACGAGCGCCAGCCCGCCACAGCACCGCGGCGCGGGCACCCUCGCGUCCUCAGGCGGCACCACCAAUGCCCCAGACCAAACGGGCAGCACCUGCAGCGGCAUCACCAGGGUCGAUUAUGCAGCGAGGCUCCACGACCCUGCGGCCGAACAAGAAUUCGACGCCGUCGACACAAACCAGCUGCCGCCCUACGCGCCGCCGCCCGCCGACCCGCGCAGCCAGCAAAGCGCGCGCAGAGACGCCAUGCCGUGGUACGCCGAGGACACUGUGCCCCCGCCACAGCACCCUGCCGCGCCAGGCAGAGCAGCUAAAGGCUUUACACAGCAGCAGCGGGCGAUCUCGCCGAACCAGCACGUGGACAUGGCCUGGGACCGGCAACAACGCCAGCCCGCGCCCCAGUGGGCGGAACCGCCCGCCGUGCGCCCGCCAGCGCCCAUUCGCAGCGCACUGCUCUGGGCGCGCGACUGCCCCGACUACGAACGCUGGGUAAUCGGGCAGGUGCAGUACUGGAGGCGCGCCGAGGCAUCCCUGAGCGAUGCGACACGCGCCUGGCGCGCCGGCCUCUCACAGCACGUCAAAGACGUGUUGCCGCCAACAUACAACGGCCCGCUGCACAGGGAGCUGCCCCUGGCUUCCGGCCAUGACGACACGGAGGUCAUCGCCGACAUCAUGGCGGGCUUCCGCAUGCGGGGCGUCCUCCCAGACACGCGGCUCUACGAGCACACCGACUGCGCAGAUCUGCCUGACGCCGCCGAGCUGGACAGCGCUCUCGAGCUGGCACUGGACAACAGAGAUGCCGCACUUCGGGAAAUGUUCCUGAACACUAAGCGGGAGCCAGACAUGGCCGAGGUCCUCCGGGUCACCGAGGCCGAGCGCGUGUCGGGCAAGCUCGAUGGGCCCUGGGAAGUAUGGCUCGACCACACCGGCCAGGUGCGCUCCACCGUGCCGUUUGCCAGAUGGUUACCAACGCGGCGCUUCCCGCGCGUCCAGAACCGCACGGCCACUUCAUACGAGGUCCGGCCCAUAGACGACGCCACGGCAAGCGGCCUGAACCUCGCAGCAGCCACCCAGGAGCGCAUGAGGAUGGCAGGCAUCGCCUCUCUCCUCGACGCGGUCGCGUUCAUAGCGGAGGAGUUCCACGAGUGGGGCGAUGACGGCGUCCCCCUCAUCGCAAAGGGCGACCACGCGCAGGCCUACCGACAAUGGCCGGUACAUCUAGAUGACAUUCCAUUGCUGGUGUGCUUGGUCUGGGACGACACCGUGGGUCCAGAGGGCGGAUUCCGCGCCUUCGCGCACAAGGUGGGCCGCCCUGCACGAUGGGUGUUCCAGGAGCUGCACGCCAUGCCCGGUAUCCCGCUCAAGGACGGCAAGAACCAGGGACCAGCGGCCGUGCUGGAUCUGCUCGGACUGGACGUCAUCUCCACCGGGCACUGGGCGGGACUGCGCCUCACCGUCAAGCGGCGCGACGACCUGGCCGCGGACGUGGACUCCGCGCUCCGCGCGCGCCGCCUCAGCAGGCGCGACGCGGCCCGACUCGGAGGACAGAUGGGCUUCGCCACCGCGGCAAUGUUCGGCCGUAUCGGCCGGGUAUACGCCUCCAACGUGUCGGCGCACCGAGGCGGCUGGUCCGAACGCCUCGCCGACGCGCUGGCGUGGUGGAAGGCGCUGCUGCGCUGCCCGAUAUACCACAGGCGCGUCCACGGCGACCAGCGGCCCGUCGUCCUCGGAUGGGUCGACGGGUCAUGGGACAUGGACACCGGCACGGGGGCCAUCGGGGGCAUGCUGUUGUCCUCGCAACGCAGCGGCCGCAGCUUCUCUGCGCACAUCCCGCAGCACCUGUGCGCGGAGCUGCUGAGGGUCGGCAAGAAGCAGCGAAACACACAGUCCGAGCUGCUCGCCGUACUGGUGCUGCUCCUCACCUGCCCCGACGAGCUCCGCGGGGCCCGGUUGAUCCUCUUCGAGGACAACACGCCCGCGCUUGAAAACAUCCUCAGCGGCGCCGCCAACGACGAUCACAGCAAG